UCCACGUGGGGGUGCAGCUGCCGCGGAGCCGCGAGCCGCGAGUCUCAGUCCGCGACGCCGCGACGCCGCGAGCGAGUGCGAGAGAGAUGGACAGUGGAAAGUGAAGGUGCACCGCUGGGACCGCUGGCCGGACGGGGCGGCGAAGGCGGUGACCAUGGCAGAGUCAGCGUGUCUGAGGCCGCGGCUGACUGCAGCUGACAACUGACUCCAGCUGAGCGGCAAGGGCCCCGAGGCCGCCGCCAUGUCCACCCCCAGCGGCACCCUGUCCCGCUACCCUGGAGCCACCCGGCCCGGGUCCGCCCUGGAGGUGCCCAGGGCGCGGCCCGACUCCAGCAUGGAUUCUAACAGGACGCUGCGCGGCGAGAGCGUCUGCACCGACUGGACGGACUCGGUGCCCAAGCCGGCCACGCCGACGCGCCACAACUUCCACGUGGGCAUCUACGGGUGGCGCAAGCGCUGCCUGUACCUGCUCAUCCUGGCGCUCCUCGUCAUGGUCAUCGUCAACCUGGCGCUCACGCUCUGGGUGCUCAAGGUCAUGGAGUUCUCCUCGGAGGGCAUGGGCCAGCUGCGCGUGGUGGCGGGGGGCCUGCAGCUCAACGGCCAGGCCAUGGUGCUGGACGCCCUGAUCGCGUCCAACAUCCGGUCGCGCAAGGGCCAGCCCAUCACCAUCGAGUCCUCCAUGAACUUCUCGCUCAACGUCCGGGACGAGGAGGGCGCCGUGGCCUCGCAGAUGUUUCUAGGGAAGGACCGGCUGGAGUGCGCGGCGUCUGGCUUCCGCGUGGCGGACUCCAAGGGCCGCACGCUCUUCUCGGCCGACAGGAAGGAGGUGGUGGUGGGCGCGUCGCUGCUCCGCGUCACCGGCCAGGGCGGCGCCGUGUUCGACGCGUCGGUGCAGACGCCCGCCGUCCGGGCCGACUCCGGCAGCGACCUCAGGUUGGAGUCACCCACGCGGUCCCUGUGGGUGCGCGCCCCCCAGGGCGUGGCUAUCGAGUCCCGCGCGGGGGACAUCAGCGCCUCGUGCCUCACCGACCUCAAGCUGCAGUCCGUCGCGGGAUCGAUACGACUGGACUCGGCGCGCCUGUUCCUGCCCAGCAUGAAGAUGGCCGUGGCCGAGGUGCCCGCCGGCAAGGCGGCGUCCUCGCGCGCGCAGGGCCGCCAAGAAGGCCGCCGUCGAGACGAGAUCUACCAGCUGUGCAUGUGCGGCAACGGCAAGCUGUUCCUGAGCGCGGCGGAGGGCCUCUGCGCCGCGGACGACGACAGUCUGGUGUGCCGGUGAUGGGCCGGGCCGGACUUAGGCUGGACUUCCCCCUCCCCUCCCUCCUCCUCUCAAGACUAAAAGACCCCCCAGGGACCUGACUCUCAGAGUGCCGACGAGUGAAUUAGCAAUUCUCAGUUUAGAAAAAAAAUUAUUAUUGAUGGUGUUAGACAAAUGCUGCCAUGAGCGCAAAAUUAGCCAAAGUUGGCGUAAGUGAAUGUGAAUGUUAUCCACGUCCAGGUGGCAGAGUAUUGCCCCAACCUUGCGGAAGCUUUAACUGUGUAUGAAAGUGAUUAGAUACGUAAUUUAUAGUGAAUUUGUUUGUGUAAUUGUUAUAGCCUGAAUGGUUUGUACAUAUAUAUGUGUAAAAAUAAAGAUGUAUUUAUAGAGUUCACGA